AUGCGGUUGAAUGCCAAGAAAACCAAAGAAUUUCGUGUAUCCUUUUUACAAUCUGAACCUGAAUUUGAUCAUCUGACAAUAAACGGUAGUCCGCUUGAAGUUGUUGAUAGUUUCAAACUCCUGGGUAUCACUCUAAGCAGUGAUCUGUCCUGGAACAUUCACGUUUCAAACAUAUCUGCUAAAGCAAGCAAGCGACUAUAUGCCCUACGAAUCCUGAAACGCCAUGGUGUUCCAGUAAAGAAUCUAAUUUCCAUCUUCUGUUCAUUCAUUCGUCCAGUGCUUGAGUAUGCAUGUCAAGUUUGGCACUCUUCUCUGCCAUUGAUGUUAUCAGAUCAAAUCGAACACACCCAAAAACGAGCUUUAAAGAUUGUGUUCCCACUCCAUUCAUACGCUGAAGCCCUUGAUAAAGCAAAACUAAAAACACUUCAAGAACGAAGAGAAAUUCAGUGUCUGUCCUUGUAUCAAUCUAUUUUAAAAGAUGACAAUAAACUAAACAAUCUUCUCCCAAGUCCUAUUACACAUAAGUAUAGUUUAAGGAAUCCAAGGAAAUAUCCUCUAUUUAAAUGUAGGACUGAACGUUUUAGAAAUAGUUUUAUUCCGUACUGUGUUGCAAAGUGGGAUUCUCUGGGUAGUUAGUAAACUUACAUGCGUGAAGACAGUGUAGUAUAUAGUAAAGUAUUAUCAUCGAACAUAUUUUUUAAAUAGUUGUAUUCCAAAUUACGUAUUUUUAAUCAUAUAGUAUUAUGUAAUUUCAAGUUUUUCAGAUUGUCAAUCAUUUGAUAGCAACCUGCCAUUUGAAAAUUUCAAUAAAUUCAAUUAAAAAAAUAAAUUCAAUUAAAACAAUGAAAAUCUGGACAAUUUUUGCGGAAAUUUUAUAUACACCAUGCAAAUAUAGUUCUGGCAUAGUAUAGUAUCUAGUUAUAGUAGUCGCUGUUGCACAAUUAAUGAAUUAAUUACUCUCAUGUUUUUUUAGAAUAUGCUACUUUAGAUUGCAAAAAGUAAUGAACAGAGGAACUGCAAGAUUUCUGGAAGAACUUAUUAAAUCUUUUGGAUCAGGUGUCCUGACUUGCAUUUUGGAGCCACAAGAGUUCCAGUUUCUUGAAAUGGCUUGUGAAAAAUUAUUUCAGGUAAAAAUCUCCUCCCCCCCCCCCUCCCCCGCUUUUGUAGUGCUUUCGUAGCACUUUUCCCGAUUUUCAUAGCACUUUUUCCAAUGCUUCACCACGAAGAUUCCUAGCCUCCUCCGUAGGCAUCUCUCCCUGUGCAGGUAACCCAAUAAGAACAUCAGUUAUUUGAAUAACUAAAUUAUCUAAGUUCUCGAUGAUUAAGAGAUGCCUGCGGAGGAGGCUAGAAGAUUUCCGACAACAUUGACAAUUUUCCGACGGGUCUCAACAAUAGGGGGGGCCAUGCCCCCGGACAUGGCGCCACUGUAUUUAUACAACAGGGUGAAACUGCAAUUAUUGAAGAUGCAGAAAUUUACACAACAACAACAGCAGCAACACCAAUAACAAUAAUAAUAAGUAUUUCCAACAAGUAG